UUCCUGCACUGCUCAGCCCGGGAUGUCCAGGAAUGAUUCACACAUGCCCCUGUCUCCAGACCAGCCCCCCAUGGAACUUGACACUGAGGGGAGGCAGCGAGACUAUAAGAAGUCCGGGCUGGGCGGGCGGCCGAGAGGAAGCCCAGGCGCAGAGGAGAUGGCCAGCUGCCUAAAAGACAUCUGGAACCGGAGAUUUCACAGAGUGGUCCUCAGAACGGCCCAGCUCCUUUGGUUCAGUGCCCUAAUCUUUGACUUAAUAAAGCAGGAAGAAGUGGCGGCGUGGACCUACCACUACAGCACGAAAGCGUAUUCGUGGAACUACUCCCGGGUGUUCUGCCAGAAGCACUACACGGACUUAGUGGCCAUCCAGAAUAAGAAGGAAAUUGCUCACCUCAAUGAGGUCAUACCCUACUCCAGCUCGUACUACUGGAUCGGGAUCCGGAAGAUCGGGGAUACAUGGACGUGGGUGGGAACCAAACAGCCCCUCACCGACGAGGCGGAGAACUGGGCUGACCACGAGCCCAACAACAAGAAGAACAACCAGGACUGCGUGGAGAUCUACAUCAAGAGCGUCUCGGCCCCCGGCAAGUGGAACGACGAGCCGUGCGGGAAGCGGAAGCGGGCGCUGUGCUACGCAGCCUCCUGCCAGGACAUGUCGUGUAGCAAGCAAGGAGAGUGCAUUGAGACCAUUGGGAACUACACCUGCUCCUGCUUCCCUGGAUUCUACGGGCCAGAAUGUGAAUAUGUCAGAAAGUGUGGGGAUCUCGAUCUCCCUCGGCAAGCAUUCAUGAACUGCAGCCACCCUCUGGGAAACUUCUCCUUCACUUCAGAGUGCAGGUUCCACUGCGCGGAAGGGUACGAACUGAAUGGGCCCAGCAAGCUGGAAUGCUUGGCUUCUGGAGCCUGGACGAGUGAGCCACCGCAGUGUGUUGCUGCCCAGUGCCCGCCCCUGAAGACUCCUGAGCGAGGAAGCAUGACCUGUCCACACUUGGCCGAGGCCUUCCUGUACGGGACCAGCUGCCACUUUAGCUGUGAAGAGGGAUUUGCAUUAGUUGGAUCGGAGGUGGUGCAGUGCGCGGCCUCAGGGGUGUGGACAGCUGCAGCCCCAGUGUGUGAAGUUGUGCAGUGUCCACUCCUGGAAGCCCCUGGCAAAGGAACCAUGGACUGUGUCCACCCCCUCUCUGCAUUUGCAUAUGGCUCCAGCUGCAAAUUUGAAUGCGAACCUGGCUACCAGGUGAGGGGCUGGGCCUCUCUCCGCUGCACGGGCUCUGGCCAGUGGACCGCACCCUCGCCAGCUUGUGAAGCCAUUGCCUGCAGGCCACUGGAGAGUCCUCUUCAUGGCAGCAUGGAUUGCUCCCCAUCCUCAGGAGCAUUCCAGGACAACACCAGCUGUACCUUCCAUUGUGCCGAGGGUUUCAAGCUGGAAGGAGCUGACCUAGUCCAGUGUACUGAGUUGGGACAGUGGACAGCGCCAGCCCCGGUGUGUCAAGCUCUGCAGUGCCAGGAUCUUCCCGCUCCAAACAAGGGGCAGGUGAACUGCUCCCACCCACUUGGUGCCUUUAGGUACGAAUCAACCUGCCGCUUCACGUGCAAUGAAGGCUCACACCUGGUGGGAGCAAGCGUGCUUCGGUGCUUGGGUUCUGGGAACUGGAGCUCUCCUCCUCCAGAAUGCCACGCCAGUACAUGCGCAGCUCUGGGAAGCCCUCGCAACGGGACAAUGACCUGCGUCCAGCCUCUGGGGGAUUCCAGUUACAGGGCCAUGUGCCGAUUCGCCUGUGAUGAAGGAUUCUCUCUAUCCGGACCACAAGUACUGGAUUGCACUCCAUCUGGACAUUGGACAGGCUCCGCACCAACUUGCGAAGCCAUCAAGUGCCCAGAAUUAUUUGCUCCAGAGCGGGGAAGCCUGGCUUGUUCUGACACGCAUAAGGAGCUCGGGGUUGGCUCCACCUGCCGUUUCUCCUGUAACAAGGGCUUGAAGCUGGAAGGAUCCAGUAAUGUUGAGUGCACAGCUUCUGGAAAAUGGACGGCACCUCCACCGACCUGCGAAGGCACAGUAACGGCUCGUACUUCAGAGGUCCAAUGCCCAGCCCUCAUCACGCCAGAGCAAGGAACCAUGUCCUGUAGGCACCAUCUGGGAAACUUUGGCUUGAACACCACUUGUUACUUUGGAUGCAAAGCUGGAUUCACACUCAUGGGAGACAGUGCUCGCAGAUGCAGACCUUCAGGACAGUGGACAGGAGGAACUCCAGCAUGUAGAGCUGUCAGAUGCUCUGAGCUGCCCGUGAUUGAACCUGGCAGCAUGAACUGCUCCAACCCCUGGGGCGGUUUCAGCUACGGAUCAACCUGUACCUUCUACUGUCCGGAGGGCCAGGUACUUAACGGCUCAGCGAGAACAGCGUGCCGAGAGAACGGCCAGUGGUCAGCUCCCAUGCCGGCCUGCCAAGCAGGGCCGUUGACAAUCCAGCAAGCCCUGACUUACUUCGGUGGAGCAGUGGCUUCUACAAUAGGUUUGGUGACGUGUGGGACACUCCUGGCUCUACUAAGAAAGCGCCUCAGACAAAAAGAUGAUGGAGAAAGCCCCUUGAACCCUCAAAGCCACCUGGGAACAUACGGAGUUUUUACAAAUGCUGCAUUUGACCCGAGCCCUUAAGAGACUGUCCUGCUGGUCUCUUCAUUCAACCUCCACAGGAUCCUAUUUUUGAACAUCAGGCUUCCUGCCAGACUUGACUUCAGCUGUAGCAUGUUUGCUGCGGUUUUCUGGAAAUACUUGUUUUAAAAGGACAUGGGGUUUCCUGUAGAUUAGUUCUGGAUGAGAGCAGAAGGAUUGUGCCACAAGCCCAGACUCUCCAGCCACCACUCCUUCCUGCUCCGCCUCUUCCUUAAGCCCCGGAAGUCGGGGCUAGAGAUCUGCCGUGGUCUGUGGGUUUUGCUGUCCCUUUCUUGACAGACUCAUUAACCAGAGACCGAAGCAUCUGGCUUACCAGAAGACCGGACUGUGGAAAAAUAAAAAUGCCUUUUUAUUUUUGGACUGGAGGAAGGCGUACGCUACUGGUUGGAAGGCAGCUGGUGUCUGUGACUUGAGGGAAUUUCUGUAAGACCUUCUGGGGUCUCCAGUGAUUGCUGUUUAUGCAGCCCUAUUACACCUGUGUCACAAGGCUUCCAGAGAAGCCUCUGGAAGGCACCAGAGAGACCAGAAUCAACAUAGAGACCAGAAUCAACAUUGUGCCAGAAGACCAAGAAUCAACAUAGGAAGCCACGUGUCCCCUUCCCUUCACUGGUCACUCUCCUCAAAAGAACCUUAAGACCAAAAUUCAAAUGUGCAAUUAAAAAGAUUCUUCCCGAA